AGGACGCGUGUUGCUUCGCCCAGCGAUCGGCAGAAGUUGGGAGAGUUGGCGUCCGCCUCCCGCCUGCCGGACUUCGGAACCGCGGCUACAGCCCGCUAGCCCGCGGGGCCGCCUCCCUCCCGCCCAGUCCGCCGCGCAGAGGAGAGGGGCGCGGAGGGGGUCGCGAGCUCUACCAGAACUUGGAAGUGUGCGAAGGGAUGCGAGGCAGAUGAAGAGCGAGGAAACGUGAACAAAGUGGCGACCGCAGGAGGGACUCCACGGAGCUCGAUUGUCGCGGAGGACGCUCUGGCAGAGGGGCUGGCUGGGGAUUUUUCCCCCCUUCCUCUCGCAUUCUUUGGCUCUCUUUUAAAGCCAUACCAGCCUUCUCUCUUUCUUUACUAUCUCGAAUCCCCAAACCCUUGCUGGCUCUUAUGGGCAUGAAACACUCCUCCCGCUGCCUGCUCCUCCGGAGGAAAAUGGCGGAGAACGCAGUCGAAAGCACGGAGGUGAGCAGCGCCCCCCCUCAACCCCCUCAACCUGUCAUCCCAGCCAAGCCUGUACAAUGCGUCCACCACGUGUCCACACAGCCCAGCUGCCCAGGACGGGGCAAGAUGUCCAAGCUGCUGAAUCCCGAGGAGAUGACAUCAAGGGACUACUAUUUUGACUCCUAUGCUCACUUUGGGAUCCACGAGGAAAUGCUGAAGGAUGAGGUGAGGACACUCACGUACCGGAACUCCAUGUACCAUAAUAAGCAUGUGUUCAAGGACAAAGUGGUGCUGGAUGUUGGGAGUGGCACAGGGAUCCUCUCCAUGUUUGCUGCCAAAGCAGGGGCCAAGAAGGUGUUUGGGAUCGAAUGUUCCAGUAUUUCUGACUAUUCAGAGAAGAUCAUUAAGGCCAACCACCUGGACAAUGUUAUUACCAUAUUUAAGGGUAAAGUGGAGGAGGUGGAGCUGCCCGUGGAGAAAGUGGACAUCAUUAUCAGCGAGUGGAUGGGUUACUGUCUGUUCUAUGAGUCCAUGCUCAACACGGUGAUCUUUGCCAGGGACAAGUGGUUGAAACCUGGAGGGCUUAUGUUUCCAGACCGGGCAGCUUUAUACGUGGUAGCAAUUGAAGACAGACAGUACAAGGACUUCAAAAUCCACUGGUGGGAGAACGUCUAUGGCUUUGACAUGACCUGUAUCCGGGAUGUCGCCAUGAAGGAGCCCCUGGUGGACAUCGUGGACCCAAAGCAAGUGGUGACCAAUGCCUGUUUAAUAAAGGAAGUGGACAUUUACACUGUGAAGACGGAAGAGCUGUCCUUCACAUCUGCCUUCUGCCUGCAGAUACAGCGCAACGACUACGUCCAUGCCCUCGUCACCUAUUUUAAUAUUGAAUUUACCAAGUGCCACAAGAAAAUGGGUUUUUCUACAGCCCCCGAUGCUCCCUACACCCACUGGAAGCAGACCGUCUUCUACUUGGAAGACUACCUCACUGUCCGGAGGGGGGAGGAAAUCUACGGGACCAUAUCCAUGAAGCCAAAUGCCAAAAAUGUGCGAGACCUCGAUUUCACAGUAGACUUGGAUUUUAAGGGACAGCUGUGCGAAACAUCUGUAUCUAAUGACUACAAAAUGCGUUAGCACACGUGGGAAGCUGCGGAGAGCAAGCGAGAAGAGGCACUCACUUCAGUCUGCCACGCUGCCCCAAGGAACACUGUUAGGAGGACCACACUCGAUAACCAGAGCUUUGCACUCUGCCUUGAAGAUCGGUGAACUUGCCAGAGCUCUCCCGGGCCCCACCAUGACAGGGAGCCUCCAGCUCCUCCGCUCUGCCCCGGAGCCCUUCACAAAGGCUUUGCUGUUGCCUGUUGUGUUGUGGUGGGGGCUCGGAGGAUGGAAGCAUACCCGUGUGCCCCCAUUGUCCUCCUAAACCGACUCUAUGGAUCUUCCAAGUUUUGCAUGCUGCAGACAUCUAGGACAGAUUACUUCCACUAGAACCUGGAGACGUAGUGUCUUUGAUAGCAUAAGCCAGAUUCUCUGUUUGUGCAGUGGUGUGUGUGUGUGUGAGUGCGUAUAUGUAUGUGUGUGUGCACUUGUGCAUGCACACACAUGAGUGUGUGUGCAUACAGAUUCUAUAUUAAUUUACACGCCCACAAACAUUUGUAUAUGCAUGCAUAUACAACUAAGUGGGUAUAUUUGGGUGUUCAUGCUGAGGUGUGUGCGUGCACGCGCGCACGCGUGUGUAUGCGUAUGUGUGGGUGUAUGUGCCUAGACUCUAUAUUACUCUCAGAGGAGGUUCUGUUGCUUUUGAAUAGGAAUUUGUUUCGUGAUUAGUUUUCCCCAUCCUGAUCCCUUAACAGAUGUUACGCAGCUAUGAAGCAUUCUGUGUACUAGCUCUGGUCUCGUUUUGGCUAGACUGUGGCUCUGAAUCCUGAGCGCAGUACCACGGGCUCUGUGGGCACUCAAUAAACACACAUGAGAACGAA